CAAAGAUGGCGCCUCGAGUACCAGACGAGAUUGAUGUCUUUACGGCUCCUCACUCCCGUAUGAAGGAACUGGUCAACAUAUACACCCAAAAGAUGCAAUGCGUGGACUUCCGGGACGGGCCGGAGGUUCUCUCUCUCCUCCAGGAUCUCAACUCAACGCUGUAUGAGUUUAAGUCUCAUGAAUCUAUUGAGAACAUCUUCAUCAUGGACCAACUCAAGAACAGACUCAAACAACGGCAGAUAAUAAACUCUGCCGUCUGUGACUGCCACAACGAUAACAGGCUCGCUGAUUUCAACCUACAGGUGGUUCAGCUGGUGAGAACGGGGACACAGGUGAGAGAGAGAAGCAUCGGUGAACGGGUCAGUUUUGGUCUGAAGCUUCAAGAGACUUUUGAGGAAUUUGUCCGCAACUUUCUGCCGCACAUGGAGGAGGAGGAGCAGGUGUUUCAGCCGCUGUUGGUGGAAUAUUUUGACUACGAUGAACUGAAGAUCCUGAAGGAGGUCGUACUGAAGGAGCACGAGCUGGUGAAGGAGAGGCAGAGUCUGGAAAAGGCCCAGGAGGAGGAGGAGCCGGAGACCAGCGGCAUCGUCAAGGACCUCAGAGACCUGGACUGGGACCUGUGUUCUCUGGCCGACGACGACUACUGCCGGGGCGGCCGAGACGUCACCCCAAGGGAGGAACCUUUCGCAGACGGCCAUCACAGAUACGCGCACCCUUCGCCGGAUCCCCAGUACCUCGAUGUUCCUCCCGACACAUCACUCACGGAGACACUAGACGUCCCCUCGCCACAGAUCCCCGGAGACGACCCCUCCCGAAGUCUACCCGCGGAGAUUCUGGUCGAGAUUUUCCAGUACUUGACGCCCCCAGACCUCGGCCGGUGUGCCCAGGCGUGUUUGUCCUGGAACGAUGCGGCCUUCUCUCCAUCACUGUGGACCGCGAUCUACCCCGUCCAGUGGGCCAGAGGUAUCUGGAGCUCUGAGGAUGUGGGGUUAAGUCUGGCACUGGAGGACGCAGCGUCAGAUCACAGCCCCGGGAAGUGGGAUGAAGAUGCUGAUGUUGAUGAAGCCGAGGAGGAGAGAGACCCACUGGCUGAUAAGGAACAUUUUAUACUGGAGAGCUUGGUUAACUGGGUGUUGCCGAGGGCCGGGGCAGGAGUGAGCACCAUUGUGGUCGAUGCUGGCCAGGGCAUCACCUCACGUCUGCUGCAUCACGCCCUUGUGUUGUGUCCUAACCUCACAACACUCUCCGCAGCCCACACACAGAUUGACUGUUACUCCUUCAAAGGGUUGUGGCUUCAAGGCAGCUUAAGGAGACUCUGCCACCUUGACCUUCAGGGUUGUGACAUGAUAGAUGACCUCGCUCUCCAUUACUUGGCACAGUGUGGGUCCUCAGGUCAAUACCCCGGUUCAGAUGUGUCCAAUUACCCCGGUUCAGAUGUGUCCAAUUACCCCGGUUCAGAUGUGUCCAAUUACCCCGGUCCAGAUGUGUCCAAUUACUCCUCCACCAUUGAUGUCAACCGCUACUGUGAGGUUCCUGAGGUCAUAAAUUACUGCGACAGGAGGUGUAGUGAGGAAGAGGAGGAGGAGGAAGAACAGGAGGAGGAGGAAGAGGAAGAACAGGAGGAGGAGGAGGAGGAGGUGUGGACAGCAGAGGCCUACCAGUUGUGUGGGUACUGCAGGUGCUGGUGUAGCCACGUCGACGGUCUGCCUCUGAGGGCCAACUUACAGCCUUGGGAGAACAGUUACUCUGGUGGUAAUCCUUGUCAGGUGGUGAAGAAGCGCCGUAGUUUAGGUAGAGGCCGAGGGAAGCGCUCCAGCUGCCUGACUAAGGACGCGACACGAGGGCACCCAUCACGGAGAACGCUACCGCCCAGUCCUCCGUCGCAGCAGGUAGAGCGGGACAUUGAGGAGAUCUGUUGUUAUCCCAGGAAUUACACGUCUUGGCAGCCUCUCCCCGGGAACGUGUCGUAUCGGCCUCAGGGGUCAGCCCGCGGCGAUAAACAGACGUCGGGUAACUACACGCACGACCUCCAACUUGUCACACUCAGUCUAUCCGGGUGUUGGCAGGUCACGGACGACGGCCUCCUCGCUAUGGUCGACGCCGGACUACUGGACAGCCUGAGAAGCAUCGACGUCAGCGGGUGUUAUCAGCUGACGGGGGAAGGCUUGGAGACAUUCGCCGACGCUUGCGCCAACCUCCGUCCCGAGAAUCUCUGGUACUGCGACAACAUCCAGGACGGACCUUACCCCGCGCUGGCCAACGGGUGCGCCAACCUCUGUAACCCAGUGAGAGUGUGUUGUCGUAGCGGCAGGUAAGCUCCCCUCGCGUUGCCCCGUGGAGCACGUGAAUUGUUUGUGAUACUUUGGUAGAAUUAGUUUGGGGUAAUGACGGUUAAUACAGGUAUGGUCCAGGGAGUAUUGGGGCGGUACUUGGUAGUAAUGGUAAUACAGCAAUGGUAAUACAUUAAUGGUAGCAAUGGUAAUACAGUAAUGGUAGCAAUGGUAAUACAGUAAUGGUAGCAAUGGUAAUACAGUAAUGGUAGCAAUGGUAAUACAGUGGUCCCUCGAUUAACGAGCACAAUCCUUUCUAGAAGGUUCCUCGUUAACCGAAAAACUUGUUAACCGAAAUCAUUGUUUCAAUGGGUUUUUGGGUAAUUGGUUCCAGCUCACCGAA